AUGGCAUCAUCACACGCUAGUGUCUUUGGGAGCACUCAUUCUGUUCUUGGCAUGAUGGACAUAGCCAAUAAACCAGAAAAUGGAAUACCAGAAAUGUAUAUUCGUCCAGAACUAGAACCUCCAAGUCCAUUAGAUGAAACCACUCCCUUGCCAACAAUUCCCAUUUUUGACUUGAAAACCUUGGUAUGUGGAAAUACCAGAGACACUGAACUUGAGAAGUUGUACUUAACAUGCAAAGAUUGGGGUUUCUUUCAGGUGGUGAACCAUGGUGUUAGCUCUCAACUGCUAGAGAAAUUGAAAUCUGAGACAGAGAAAUUUUUCAAGCUUCCUAAUGAAGAGAAAAUGAAAUACCAAAUAAGACCAGGAGAUGUUCAAGGUUAUGGAACUGUGAUCAGAUGUAAAGAUCAAAAGCUUGAUUGGGGGGAUAGAUUCUACAUGGUGAUUAACCCUGUUGAAAGAAGAAAACCAUACCUUUUUCCUGAGCUACCUACAUCACUGAGGGAUACCUUGGAGUCAUACAUCUCAGAAACAAGGAAACUCGGUAUGAUCCUUUUAGGAUUAAUAGGAAAAACCAUCAAUAUGGACAUAAAGGAAAUGGAGAAGUUAUUUGAUAAUGGUAUGCAGUCAGUGAGGAUGACAUGCUAUCCACCAUGCCCACAACCAGAGCUUGUUGUAGGCAUCACACCCCAUUCUGAUGCUACAGGGAUAACCAUCCUUCACCAAGUUAAUGGAGUGGAGGGCCUAGAGAUAAAGAAAGAUGGGGUUUGGAUUCCUGUUACCUUUCUUCCAGAUGCCUUUGUAGUUAAUGUUGGGGACAUUAUGGAGAUUCUAAGUAAUGGGGCCUAUACCAGCAUAGAGCACAGGGCUGCAGUGAACAGAGAAAAGGAGCGAAUAUCUAUUGCUAUGUUCUUCAACCCCAAAUUUGAGGCAGAGAUUGGGCCAGGGAAAAGUUUAAUAAGUGUUGAAAACCCACCCUUGUUCAAAAGCAUGCUAAUGGAAGAUUACUUCAAAGACUUUUUUUCCCGCAACCUCAAUGGGAAGUCACACUUGGAGAAAAUGAGGAUUAAAACUUUUGAUGGGGUAAAAGACUAA